CACACACCAGCAUUGUCAGAUGUCCUCUAGAUCGGUGAGGAAAACACUCGGUGACAACAGAAUAUUUGGGAACGAGAUUUUACCCCAUACUGAUCUUGAGUGAGUUUCUGUCCCAAGAUGAUGUCUAGUUUAUGCUGUCAUCCGGUAGGAGUGGCUGAAUGAGGAAUUUUUGAUGCUAAACAAUAUUGCCAAUGACCUGGACAUGUUGUUGAGCGAUCUGUGUCAAAUCUACCCAUACCCUCAUCCCAAGAAAUCUCUGCAAGACAGUCUGUCAAGUGACAAGAAGCUGCUGGAGGAGUAUAUAACAGGUGCCAGUGAUGAGACGUCCACAGACAGCGGGACAGAGGACGCCAGAGAUCGCCAGGACUCCGUCCUCUCUGCUCACCUUGAUGUCUUCAGACUUGAUGAUGUUGACCAGAGCCUUCAGAUUCCUCAGUAUGACAAGGCAUCCACUGAUACAGUGGUUACCGAGGAUACCAAACUACGACCAAUCACAACUCUGGAAAGGCUGACCAAGACACACCCCAUCUGGUUUUUAACAGACAUUGGCCGGAUGGGAGCUGUCCAUUUGCUGAAGGACAGACAAGCUGGGUCUUUCAUCGUGCGUCGGUCGAGCCAGAACAAAUGGGCUUUGUCUGUACAGUUUCCACAGCGAGGUAAUGCCAACAUUGACCACUAUCUGAUAGAGGGAACGAGAAAAGGACUACGUUUGCAGGGUUCUAAUCAUUACUUCCCGGCGAUCCCUAACCUGGUGUCUCAUUACUGCGACAAUUUAGAUGAGCUGCCCCUACAACUUGUACUCCCUCCUGCCAUACUAGCAGCCAAAACCCCACAGGAGCUCAUGUCCCUCGCUCUAUUGGGGCAAGAUUUUUGGACCUCUCCUUUGACAAUACAAGCAGAGAAAUUGGCCAAGUUACGCAGCCAAGGAAUCAUUCAUCCUUCACCAAGUCAUGGCCUACAUAAGUCAUGUAGUGAGCCAAUCAGCAUUAAGCAAAGCAUGGACACCAGCAGAGUGAUGACCAAUGAAAUUCAGUGUAACACUAUGCCAUUUUAUUCCACGGACAAUUUUUCGACUUUCUUGGCUAAUGGGAAUGCUUCUUCUCAUUGGAAGGAUCUGCGUAACAAUAAUGACCCCCAGAGUGUGAACCUGCAGGAAAUGAAUGGGUCUUGCUCCAAAAGGUCAUCUCCUAAAGAGUUGACUGGUAGUGACCAUCAGGCUAAUGUGGACCAUCACAUAGGGGGAAGUUGUGACAGGAAACACCUUAAACAACGGACAUUUGAAACGACUACAGGCCCACCUUUUCAGGCAACUUUCACACCAGUUUCCCGCAAUGUAUCACCUAAGAUUUCUAACCAAUCAGCAAAGUCGGCUUCCACACAGACGUCGCCCAAGGAAAAGCCACCCCCAGUUCCCAGUGAGGGCACAGCACUGUACGGCACAACAGCACUAGACUUCCUCACACCCCCUUACCCUGGGUACUAUUCCAGUAACUUAUCAGACAGAAUGAGUGACUAUUACGAUGUGUGGAAGAACACGGUUUCCACUCCUACCCCAGAGAGAAAGUCUGUAGACACUGGGUCGGGUAGGGCGCCCCCAGAGCAGUUGUAUGACUUAGAGAAGCAGUUGAGCUCCAUGGAUCUCCUGGUGACAGGCAAACCCCCAGUUGGGCCCCAGCACACCACUGCAAGAUUUGACAGGCACCAUUUCGGCACCUCCCAGAUAGAACAAUCUAAACCACCCAGAGUGCGACCACCCCCACUCCCCACGGUGAGCAGGUUAAAAUCAUGCUCUAUACCUUCUCUUACUGGGUUCAAAAGCCCUGUGUACUCCCAGCCUUUUGAUGCGCUGUGUGAUGGGCAGAGCAGUGGGUCAUGUGACGACUUGCACAUCUCGUCCCGACAUACACCCUCAAAGAAAGGGCUGCGACGACAAAGAUCUCUGCCCCCAAGAUCUCUCCGUGAACGAAGACGGCUUCGUAGCCCUCAGUUAGCAAAGCUGGAUCCCAUCAUAUCUCCUCCUACCCUCACAUCACGCUUCCUACCUGAAUAUCGAACAUCUGAUGCUGGACUGGACAUUUCUCCUGAACAGAGGCCAGUAAGUAGCCCCAGCAGGCAUGGGAACACACUUGAGGAGAGGCGAGCAGGAAAGAGCACAUUUUAUGUCACUUACCCAAUUCCUGCCAAAAACCAAGGGAACAGAACUCCCGUGAAUGGUGCAUCAAAGUGCUUUUCAGACUCUGCCAUAGGCGAGAAGGCUUCAAAGGCCAGUUUCGAAGAGACCUGUUUUUUAAUAGAGGAUUUGGAGAAUAGUGUGAAGAACACGCCUCCUCCAACCUCUCCAUCAUUGAACAAGUUCCCUGUAGAUAACUCAGCCAUUAAUCGACGCUCCUAUUCUGACUCAUCGACCGUGGAAGAUUUGAUCUCCCACACUGCACCACAGUGUACAGUCAAGUCCCUCCAACCUUUGACUUUGAAAAAUUUACAGCGGGUUUCAGAGUAUGACAAUUUAAUGAACCCCUACAGACCAUCGUCAGUUCGGACAGCGAGUAGUAUUGGUACAGUGUUUUGUAAGCCCUGGGACAGCUCUCCAUGGCAAAAUCUCCUCCAAUCGGAAAGCCCUGUGCCAACAAAUGGCUCUGCGUUACUAAAACUUCCAGUAGAAAGUUCUGUGCCUGAGAAAAUUAUUGCUUGGCAAGAUGCCAAUCAGGAUUAUGAAAAGUUGGCAGGGUGGGAUGACCCGGUGACCCCUGGUACGGCUGAUACUUUAGGGUCAUCAACUUCCACCCUGACACAGGAUGCAGAUAUCAAUCCAAUAGAGGGCAGCACCAGUACCCUCCACAAUGCAGACACAGGUGGAUGUUUGUGUAGACAGUCUUCAUGUGAAUUGUGCUGUGGUGGUCAACUUUCAAACAGGGCAGAGAGUAAGCAAUCAUGUGUCCAUGGAGCCGAGCUUGGUGAGCAGUGUAUAGAUGACGGGGAUGUAGUGGCUCUGCCGCUAGGCGCGUAUGUCGACAUGGACGAGUGUUCAGAUGAUGAUCUCCCUUUACCGAGCCAGGGAGGCGUUCAAGACGUCAGUCCUAGCUUUCAGGAUAAAUUAAAACCUUUCUUGUCUCCCCCUAGAUUACUCAGUAUAAAAUCAAGGAGAAAAUACUCUGGGGUGAGGGUUAGAGAGUAUAUAUACAGAUCAGUGUUGAGUAUUUCCCAGGAUCAGAACACCACAUUUGGCUGUACAAUAUCCAACUUUAUUCAGUGUACCAAAGAGAGUAAAGAACAAAAUCCACAGAUAGUGAUGAGAAAUGUUCGUCAGUUUAUGAACGGUAUCAAGAAUUACCUGGUCAAGCAUGGAGAAGGAGAACUGGAAGCUUUGAUUGAGCUGGAAAGAGAAAAGCUGGAAGCUAAUGAGAUCCUGAACAUAGACGCCAUCAUAGAAGGGGCCCUUCAUAAGUGUGUCAUUCAUCCCCUAAAACAUCACAUCUACAAGCUGUUUGUGGAACAAUAUAACAGGAAUGGUAGUCUGAAACUCCUGUCAGAUAACAUCAAAUAUGCUCGCACCAAAACUACACAAGAGCUAGGCAUUAAGGCAGGUUUAGAAACCCCAACAGCAGUUUCUCUGGAGGUCAUCAAGAAUUAUCUGCUCAAAAUGCAGAAAGCAUAUUCGCCCUUGAAAAAGCUGGAGAACCUUCUGGGAGCCACAUCAUCAAUAUACCACAGUGUCCAGUCCUGUUCUGAAAAGGGCAAACCAAAGGCUAGUCUAGGAGCUGAUGAUUUCCUGCCAAUGUUUAUCUAUGUGCUGGUACACUGUGGCCUGGUGUCAGCUGAGAUAGAAGCUGAAUACAUGUGGGGACUGCUACACCCUUCCAUCCUGACUGGUGAGGGGGGAUAUUACCUGACGACCCUCAGCAGUGCAGUCCUAGUCCUCAGGAACAUGCACCUGUGUCAGGACCAGGGUACACUGGUCUCCAGGGACAGAAGAGAGAGAGUGCCGAGUAUCUGCGACACACAGGGCUUCCUGAAGGUGGUCAUUCCUGAUGAGCUACAUGGCAGCAUCACCUGGCGGACUCUCCCUGUGCGGGCUAACAUGAACACCAGGGAUGUCUGCAUAAUGCUGGCUCACAAACUCAAGGUGACCAACCCCCAGGAUUAUGGGCUGUAUCUGUUAACAGAUGGCAAUGAAAAACACCUGGUCGACUCUGACUGCCCUCAUUCUUUACGAAAUGACUACUCUUCUGAGGGGAAGGACUGUGUGUUUGCUUACAAGAGACUGGCUGCUAACAUAGCCUGGCCCAAGACAUUCAAACACUGACAAACAGGAGGCCUUCAGAAUUCUCUUGAUCUAUGACCUCGCAGUCUUCAUGCACGUCAAAUAAUCAUGGCGGCAUGGAAAAGGAUAUUUCCCAGUUUGAAUGCUGUUAUGAAAAGUUGUGCCUUAUUCUAAAAAUCUGGACAUGUUCCUGAGAAUCAAUGCAUUGUUAUGGAAAUUUGUACAUCAUUUUUGAAAUUUGUACAUUUGUACAUAGUUGUGGAAAUGUAGACAUCCCAACAAUUCAUGCAUCGUUCUGGGAAUUUGAUACAGGCUAAUAAAGAGACAUGGUGUGCCUGGGAUUGAAAAUGUACCAUUUGGAGAAUUUUUGUGUCCUGUUCAAGUGUCAUUCUUACGAUUCAGUAAACCAUUGGAAAGAAUUACAUGCACCAUUGUUAAGGAGCUGACUGCUUUCCCUUGGGGACCACACUUUCAUUAUACAGUGGCAUUCACCUGUGCCGUUAUGGGGAUUUUAGUGGUCCUGUGGCAGUCACCGACAUUAUUCUGAAGAAUUAUGUGGCCACCUGCAUUUUUUUAAGGAUGUUAGUGGUCAGCGGCAUUAUUCAGAGGAUAUGAGUAGUCGAGUUGAUGAUUUGAGUGAUCUUCCUGCAAUAACCGGCAACAUUUUGAGUACCAGUAUUGCAAAAUAUGUGGGUAAUAUAUUCAGUAAGCAUAGUGGUCAUGGGCUGAUUCAGGGGAGAUAACUCACCAGUGUAAACCAAUAUCCCGCCAGACAACUCCAUUUUAUCAGAUCAAACUGUCAUUUUUCUGUAUACCUCAUUUCCUCUACAUGUAUCUGUUUUUCUGUCUCCAAUAAGUUUUCAUCCGGGCCAUUUAAAUUGUGUGGCUGUUAUAACAGAAUGAAAGGAAACUGAAAGCUGCAGAUUCGUGGAAGGAGAAACACAAACUAUUUAUGAGAUAAAGUGGCCAUUGUGGUGCUAUUCUGUAAGGUGCUAACACUUUGCCUUCUGUUACAUAAAAAACAUAUAACAUAUUUUGUCCUAUACAUCUUGGCUUUAGACAUAGACAGGUAAUUGAGUAUUGUUCAACUUGCACAAAAAAGCCUACAUUAGCAUGGGAAGUAAGCCACUUCAUACCUGCAAUCACAAUACCACAUGCCAUUUCAGGACUAGUAGUACUGGUAUAUACACCUGAACAUAUUUGUAUACAGUGCACGUGUAUACAUGUAUGUGAAAUAUAUAUAACAAUGCAUAUUGGUGGAGAAAGCUGAAAUAUUUUCUCCUUCUCCUGCCUUGUUUUUUUUCGUAAGUUCAAACCUUGCAACAUGUUUGUGAUGCAGACAUUAAGAAUUAAAAGACAACUUUUUGAGUAUGCCUUCUUAAUGAACGGAGAGUUUUGAGUCAGGACUAGAUGUAUAUAUAUCAACUGUAAUAUGACCACACUUCCUGCAUUACCUGAAGCUGAUAUUAAGUCCAUUACUCACACAAUGUAUUUUAGGAUUUCAAAUUCAAAAGGAAAAAAAAAAACCCUACGUUAACUUUGAUUUCCUUGUAACAAUGUUCACUGUGAGUCAGUAACUUAAAGCCUGUGAUCAACUCUUAAAACAUGUUAGUGCAAAUUUUUGAAAGAUUUUGGAUAUUUCUGUUCUUGUGAUGUUUAGUAUGAAUGUAUUUCUAAUAAACCUGAGUUAAACUAACAAAUUGUGGGACUACAUAGAAGCUUUUCAAAACCCUGGUGUAUUUUUUUCUGUAAAAUUAUGCAUAGAUAUGAGUAAUCUAUUAUGAAUCAUACCAAAACUACAUUAAGGGGAAAUUAAAAAAAAGAAAACUUCAAACAACGUGUAUAAUUAUUCGAGCUGUAAAACUUGUGGGAGAUAUGUUAAACACCAUAUGGUUCUCAAUUGAGUGCAGUAUUUUGGGCUAAAUCAUUUCAUCGGAAGUGUGUCAUAAUUAAGGUUUUUUUUCAUAUAUGUACAUGGAUAUCUUUACACAUCUGUAUGCAUAUUAGAACAGGAGCCAUGUUUAUACUUUGUCUUUGCUUAACUUAUACCCAAUUUUAUCCUGGGCCAUGAAUAUUAGAAUCAAACUUCAGAGGCAGGAGUUAGUAUUGAACUGCCAAAUACAAUGUACAAAUGACUUGGAUCAGGGUAUUAAUAAUUCAUGAGUGGUCAGUGCUAUGUUGCCAUGGAAAUUUUGAUUGUUUCUUGAGAAAUCCAGUAUUGUAGCCAAGGUCAGAUUUUACUUGAUAUUGUACCAUUUUUGAUGGUUUCACCUAUGUCAUAAUGCAUUCAUAAUGUCAGCACUAUUGCUCAAGUCAGCUUGGGACCUUUGCAUGCCUUAAAUAAGACAAGCACGAGCACUCAUGUGGGCUAUGUUGUCGGGUGUAUGAAGUUUAUAUAUUUCAUGUGCAUGGAUCAUAUGGUAUGUAUGUUAUUGUUUUGUGGGUAUUUUUCACAGUUCAUGCCUUGUACAUGAUCUCUGUUUUAUAUGAUAAAUAUUAUUCAAUUUCCUGUUGCCAUAGCAGUAAUUUAUGUCAGGUGAAGAUGUAAGCACUGUUUUGUGCUCGCCAUGUACAGGUAGAUACUUUGUAUUGCAAACCACUGUGAUCGUGCUUGUUCCUAGAAUGUCAACACAUUUUCGUUAUGUUUUGAUGUUGACAAAAGACUUAUGGUAAUAAUGAGUCAGCUGUUCAAGUACAGAGUUAUUGGGUCACCUUGUCUGUUAUACCCAUGUCAUCGGUGCUAUUAGAUUACACUAAUAGGUUAAUAAAAUAUACUGUUGUA